GUCUCACUCCUUCGACGUUUCGUCCCCUCUCCUCCGAAUUAGGGUUUCUCUGGUUCUCUUCCCCGCUUGGUCUCCAUCGGAGAAAAAGGCCGGAGAAAAUCCUCCGAUCUUCGCCAUUAGAGCACCAUUCGAGCUCUCAUCCUUCAAUUUCUUCCCUUCUCCGUCGCCAGAUUGGAGCUAAAGGUGUUAGAUCUCGAGGAUUAAGAUGGGGGCGCUGUUGUCGAGGUUUUGGUUCGUGUUGUUCCCUGCGAAGGAGUACAAGAUUGUGGUGGUUGGGUUGGACAAUGCCGGGAAGACGACGACCCUUUACAAAUUGCAUCUUGGAGAGGUUGUCAACACCAGUCCUACCAUUGGGAGUAAUGUCGAGGAAGUUGUUUACAAGAAUAUACGGUUUGAGGUUUGGGAUCUUGGUGGACAAGAAAGACUGAGAACCUCUUGGGCAACAUAUUUUGGGGGAACCCAUGCUGUCAUUGUUGUGAUAGAUAGCACCGACCGAGCUCGGAUCUCCAUCAUGAAGGACGAGCUCUUCAGGCUGCUUCAGCAUGGGGACCUUGAGCACACCGUGGUGCUAGUUUUUGCUAACAAACAGGACCUCAAGGAUGCAAUGUCGCCAGCUGAGAUCACUGAUGCCCUCUCCCUCCACAGCAUCAAGAACCAUGACUGGCACAUCCAAGCCUGUUGUGCUCUUACUGGUGAGGGAUUGUAUGAUGGCCUGGGAUGGAUAGCUCAGAGAGUCGCCGGGAAACAAACAACAACUUGAUUUUCUUGUCAUGUAUUCUAUUUUUUGUGUGCAUGCUGAAGGUUGAGAGAGAUUAGGUUUUCCCCCAUGUCCAACCAUGGGCUUAUGUUGCAACCCAAAGUAAUACACAUUGUUUAUAUUCUCAUCAAAUUGGCAGAAAAAUACACUUCCUCCCAUGUUGCAAAUGAAAGUGAUACACUAUCCGAGUGGUCUGGAAAUAAUAACUUACAUGGAUUACAAUUUCCCUGGCA